GCGCACACUGAGAUGCUCGCGCCUCGACGCUCUGUGUCUUUAACAGAGUGCUGAAACCUACCAGGCAGUCACAAUCCUAGGAGGAACUCCGCGAAACCGGAGGCAGUUAGAUGCACUUGGAUUACCGGUUGGUGAACUGUCACAGAGUUAACGGCUACAGACUGGUGCAUUAUCACCGCAAAAACGUAAACCACGCGUCAGUCAUAAAAAGUAGCUUUCAUAGAUGCAAUGAAAUCAACAAAGGCAAUUGUCGCAGUUGAUUGAUUUUAUUAUUAUUUCUAUAUCGAGUGGAUAUUCCUUGUCCGGGUGAAAAAAAAUAUUGUAAAUUGACAUUUGGUUGAGUUAAAUAGAAUCACGGACGAUGGAAGUCAUUCUCAGAAUAAGCCUGUCUACAUAGGCUGCACCACCGCGCUCUAUUGGACCCCUUACAGAAUUUAAAUCUUUCAACCAAUUUUUUAGCAAGACUUGGCUGGGACCAGACAGUAUGGGGUUAAAAAGCUCCUACUGGCUUUUGAUAUCUUUCAUGGUGAGCGGAACUGUUGCCGGGGAGUCCAGCUCUGAGCCUGCUAGCCCAGACACAUCUCUCAGGCCUGUCCUUACCAUAAUGGAGGAUGAGAGGCUGACCAUGACCGAGGGUCAAUACAAAUGUCUUGAACUUUUCCGCCGAAACCAGCAGCACAACAGAACAGGUGUGUUCUGUAGUCGUAUGUGGGAUGGCUUGUUGUGUUGGAACGAGACUCCAGUGGGGAGCUACGCCACACAGAACUGCCCAGACUACCCCAGCCUGGACACCUCUGGAAAAGUGUCAAAAUAUUGUGAUGAAUCUGGUAAUUGGGUCCAAAGUCCCUUCAUUAAUAAGACCUGGUCCAGAUGUCUGAAGUUCUCGAAGGACAAAUUAAAGAAGGUGACUCCCCAUGGUCUGCUAGAGCCAGGGUCUGUGGAGCCCACUGUGGAGACUCCAGUCAGCCAGAAGGUGACUCUCCAUGGUCUGCUAGAGCCAGGGUCUGUGGAGCACACUGUGGAGACUCCAGUCAGCCAGAAGGUGACUCCCCAUGGUCUGCUAGAGCCUGGGUCUGUGGAGCCCACUGUGGAGACUCCAGUCAGCCCCAGGGUCAGUCAGGAGGUGGAGGAGAGGAAGAAGAUCAUCGACGGUCAAUACAAAUGCUUUGAGAAGAUGAACAGAGACCAGCCUUAUAACAAAUCAGGGCUGUACUGUAACCGGACCUGGGAUGGCUGGCUGUGCUGGGAUGAUACACCUGCUGGGACAGUCACCUGGCAGAACUGUCCCAACUAUUUCCCUGACUUUGACUCCACAGAAAAAGCUACAAAGAUCUGUAGCGAAUCAGGACAGUGGUUCCGCCACCCAGACACCAAUAGGACGUGGUCCAACUACACCCUGUGUAACUUCCACACUACAGGCAAGCUGAAGAUGGCCUUUAUCCUGUACUACAUGGCGAUUGUGGGCCAUGCCUUCUCCAUAGCCUCCCUCCUGAUCUCUCUGGCCAUAUUCUUCUACUUCAGGAACCUGAGCUGUCAAAGGAUCACCCUUCAUAAGAACCUCUUUGUUUCCUAUGUCCUCAACUCCGCCCUAACCCUCAUCUACCUCAUAGCAGUGGUCAACAACCCAGAUGUGGUGGGAAGAAAUCCAGUUGGCUGUAAGGUGUUGCACUUCUUCCACAUGUACAUGCUGGGCUGUAACUACUUCUGGAUGCUGUGUGAGGGGAUCUACCUGCACACGCUCAUUGUGGUGGCUGUGUUCGCCGAGGAACAGCACCUCCACUGGUACUACCUCCUGGGCUGGGGGUUUCCCUUAGUGCCUGCAUCCAUUCACGCUGUAGCGAGGAAGAAGUAUUUUGAUGACAACUGCUGGAUGAGUGUGGAGACCCAUCUGCUCUACGUGGUCCACGGUCCCAUCAUGGCAGCGCUGCUCGUGAAUCUGUUCUUCUUGCUGAACAUCGUGAGGGUGCUGGUUACCAAGCUGAGGGACACCCACCGGGCAGAGUCUAACAUGUACAUGAAGGCAGUGAGAGCUACCCUGAUCCUGGUCCCUCUCCUGGGCAUCCAGUUUGUAAUCUUCCCCUGGAGGCCAGAGAACCGCCUGGCAGGGGAGGUUUACGACUACAUCAUGCAUAUAUUAAUGCAUUACCAGGGAUUACUAGUGGCAACGAUAUUUUGCUUUUUCAAUGGCGAGGUGCAGGCGGCUCUGAAGAGACAGUGGAUUCAGUACAAGGCCCAGUGGGGUCAGAGACGGCGGGACCACUGCUCCAUGCGCUCUACCUCCUACACCGCCACUUCCAUCACUGAGGUGCCCGCCUUCAUGUACCACCACGACUGCAACAGCGAACACUUAAACGGCAGACACACCUCUGAGGACUCUGAGCUGGUGGCUCUUAAGACAGGGGAGACGUACGCCUGACAAGCGGGAGGCAGUCUGAGUGUCGGAGGAGAGAAGAGUUAGUAGAGGAACCAAGAUGGAGAUGUUUCUCUACUAUCCCGCCGCAGUUCCACAUUUCAGAGACAGAAUGGGUGGGUUCAGCCCCAGACUGUGAAGGACAAGACAGUGUGUGUCUGGACAGUGAUACAGUGAUAUCUCUCCCAUGAGUUGGCCAAUGAUGGCUGAUGCUUCAUUUACAUGACUUUGCUGCUGCUAUGGCUGCUUAUUAAAGACACUAAGAUAUACAGUACAAGAAACGGGAGCCGCGUUUGAAAUGUGGCACGUCCUAAAGCUGCUAUCUGUGGGACUCUUCCCACACAUUAUGGGAAUGUUGAGGAUGAUGGUGAUGAUUAUAAUGAUGUUGAUGAUUAUAAUGAUGAUGAAUAG